AUGGUUAUGACGCUAGUCAUUGCCUGGCUGAAUCGCCAGCUUUCAGAGACGCAGUUGACAGCUGUACAGGCUCGUUACCAGACCUCUGUAACAACUCCUGGUGGAUUUGUUUUUUCUUCUGGAGAAGCGAGGAGGUCCAUGGGUCAACUGGUUGGCCAGCCCAUCUCCACUCUUUCCUCAUUUCCUACACCGAUAUCUAAUUCUCUUUCGGCAAAUCAAGCUAUUGGCCGCACCGAAAGAUGGCAAUCUGCUGUCACUGCAGUUUCUGGCAAGUCAUUUUGA